AUGUCCACAGCGAAUACGAUAUUAGUGCUGGAUGAAAUCUUUGCGACUUUUGGAUAUCCGAAAUACUUAGUAUCGGAUAAUGGAAGAACGUUUAUUGCUAAGGAGUUUAAAAACUUUUUAGAAAAGCGAGGUGUUAAAUUAAAAUUAACAGCACCUUACCACCUGUUGUCCGUCUCUUCACCGCGCUCGCCGCGGGUUCGUUCGGAGGAAGCGGGAUGCGGUCUUAGAAAGGAAUACACAGUCAAUCCAUACACCAUUUCCGCGAUAUUACCUCACUCUCACUUGCUGAGGCAUAAAAACCCUUGCGAGUCAAGGGAAAAGCCCGAGCAAGCGCUUACUUUAUUGUUCCGUAAUAUACUUGAUCCUUCGCAUUAUCGGGCUCAAACAAUAGCCGAUCAUCUGCUGUCGUAUAAUACGGAUGUUAUGUUAGGUAAACCGCCUCUACAUGAG